GCAGUGCACCAAAAAUGAAAGCAACGGCCCAACCCCAACACCUAAAACUCCUCUAUCCCUCUCUGUUUCUGUCUCUCUCGCUCUUGUGCCUGCUUGAGCUUCCCUCCUUAGAUCGUCUCAUUCCAAGAGAAAUCCAUCAGUUCCUCCAAAUUUCUCAAUUCCCAAAACCACAGGCUUCGCAUUUGGAGUCAUUUCCGGUUCAACAAGGAUUAGCGAGCCUAGGGUUUCUUCAGAUUAGAGCGUGAAGCACAUUUCGAUUCUCGAAGCGACCAAUUUUCUGUGUCGUAUAUUGGGGCACAACACUACAAGAAAAACCCUUGCUGGAUUUUACCCAAAAUUAUAAAUAAACGGAAUACCUUCACGUGAUUUUUGUUUUCAUUCACCUUGGAAUUCUCUUAAAAGUUUUAUCUCUUUCUAGAUCCAAUGGCGAUUCUGGGUGACGCGUUGCGUCAAGCUUUCAUGCCUAAGCACGAGUAUGAGAGCCUUCGCGAGGAAGACAAAGCAUGGGUCAAGCUUCAAAGGCCAGUUUUAAUGGUCACUCUGGCAGUCAUUUGCCUGGUCAUUUUCACAUGCACAGUUGUGAGCUUGAAGAUUGUGUUUCCUGGUGACACUGGGAAGAGGCCUUUUUGCAGUGACCGGAGACUUCAGCCUCUCCCCAUGAAUGCCAAGGGUGGUGAUCCUGAUCUGUUUCCGGGCGCGUUUUAUCUUACAGAUCAGGAGACUGUCGAUUAUUACUGGAUGGUUGUGUUUGUUCCCUCCAUGAUUAUUUUCUUGGUAUCGGUUGCCUAUCUUGCAGCUGGUAUAAUUGUUGCAUACUCUGCUCCAGCAAGACAUGGAUGCUUAAAGGUGGUUGAAAAUAAUUAUUGUGCUUCAAGAAGGGGCGGAGCACGUUGUCUGUCAAUUUUGAAUAUUGUCUUCGCUGUCGUCUUUGGUCUUCUUGCUCUGUUUCUUGGUGCAAGCCUCCUGACACUAGGGAGUAGUUGUUCCUUACCUUUAUUCUGGUGCUAUGAGAUUGCGACAUGGGGGCUGGUCAUUUUAUACGCCGGAACUGCCUUCUGUUUGAGAAGGAAAGCAUCUGUAAUUCUUGAUGAAAGUGAUUUUAGCGGUCAAAAUCUUGGUCUGGAAAUGUUGGAAGCAAACACUUUGGAAGUCACACCAGAGGUUGAAAGGCGCGUCAGUGAAGGCUUUAAGGCAUGGAUGGGAUCAUCCCUUCUAUCUUCUGAUGAUGAAGAUGAACCAGACAAUUACUUGGAACCACCGCAUGUAAACCGAACUACUACUACUAACAGGCAGAAGGUAUGAUUGUUUAGAUGAAGUAACUCUGAUACUGGUAGGUAGUCGGAUCCCACGGAGGGGCAAGCAUCUACAGUGAAUGGAUGUCAAUUUUGGAACUGCUUUUACUGAUACUAUAUGAGAUGGAAUGACUGUAAUGCUUCUCCCUCUAGGUAAAUCAUCAUACGGUGUAAAUAAUCUUCUCACAAGAAUAUCUUUUAAUGUUGUAACCCAAAGUCUCUGGAAAGGAAGCAUUAUGGGUGAAUGAUAAUCGUCAGUACGCUGUGCUCCUAACAAAUCCUGUUUGAAAUUUUCAUAAAUGUCUAACAAAGAAAGAUUGAGAAUUUGACUUC